AUAAAUAAAUCUAAUUUCCUCCACUUUCCUCUCAAGCACUUCCUAAUUUAAUUCUUAUAAUUUCCAGUCUUUAUUUUUUUAUAAAUAAAAAGAAAAUAUUUUAUGGAUGAAUUUCUUCAUCUUUGAAUUUUUAUCUUGUAUCCUUUAAAAAAAAAAUAUUCUUGUUGUUUUGAAAAUAAAAUAAUAUUCUUGUUCUUACUUUUGUAUUUGCUUAUUUAAUUUGUUGAAUGGUUCAGGCUUUGGAUUUAGAAAAUUAAAUCUUCUUAUAUCCCCAAUUUAUUUAAAGUUUGUCAAUUACAAGAAAGAAAGAAAAAAAUUAUUCGUUCUUGAUAUGGAGACUACCAGAGAAGUUGUUAAGACAACCGGCGGCAUCGACGGUGGCCUUACGGUAGUGAGAUCCAACGCGCCGUCGGAGUUCCAUAUAGCUCCAAAGUCAGAAACUUCAAAUCCACGUCCAACCUCCGUCGCUCCUUCACUUCAACCGCCUCAAAACUCCUUUGCUUCGACCGGGCCGCCGCCGGCAACAGAAGGUUUUUCCACCAGACAGAUGAAGAAGAAACGUGGACGCCCUAGGAAGUACGGACACGACGGAGCGGCGGUGACGUUAUCGCCGAAUCCAAUAUCUUCAGCCGCACCAACGACUUCUCACGUCAUCGACUUCUCGGCAGCUGAGAAACGUGGCAGAGUGAAACCAGCAACUGAAAGGUCCUUCGUCAGGACAAAGUACCAAGUCGAGAACUUAGGUGAAUGGGCUCCUUCCUCUGCCGGCGCUAAUUUCACGCCGCAUAUAAUUACGGUCAACGCAGGCGAGGACGUAACGAAGAGGAUAAUAUCGUUUUCUCAACAAGGGUCUCUCGCUAUUUGCGUUCUCUGCGCUAACGGUGUCGUUUCAAGUGUUACACUUCGUCAGCCUGAUUCAUGUGGUGGUACAUUGACAUACGAGGGUCGAUAUGAGAUACUAUCACUGUCGGGAUCAUUCAUGCCAAUCGACUCGGACGGGACACGGAGCAGAACAGGUGGAAUGACAGUGUCAUUAGCUAGUCCUGAUGGACGUGUAGUAGGAGGUGGAGUCGCUGGCUCGCUGGUUGCAGCCACUCCUAUCCAGCUGGUCUUAGGAAGUUUCAUAGCUGAAACCAACCAGCAACAUCAGAAUCCAAGGAAUCAAAACCACAACUUCACGCCGUCUCCAAUACCAACCAUUCGUCCCACGUCAUCUUCUCUCCAGAUGGACACCACCUCUAGCUUCUAAUCCACAACACAAGCCCUCUCAUGACUUUCACACCACCUUAACUUGACCUCUUCCUUGGUUUUGUAACUUAGGAUUGUUUUUUCAACUUUUUUUAUUCGGUUUCUUGAAUGUAGUAGUAAUAGAAGUUGAAUCAAUGAUUAGAACCUUCAACCCAA